AUGGACCCUCGUGUCGCGGCCGUCGACGGCUUCACCAGGACACGCCACACGUCUGUCCCAUCGUCGUUGGAUCCUGCGAGCGUGAGGCUAGAAGAGUCAUUCACGGUCUGCAUCAUCGGCGCAUCUACGGGAAUAGGCGAGCAUAUCGCCUACAGCUUUGCACGGGCCAAGGCAGCCAGGCUGGUCAUAUCCUCCCGAACACUCAGCGACCUGGAGAUCGUGGCUGAUGAAGUAAGACGGAUCAACCCUAUUGGCCAUGUUGAUAUAGUGGAGUGCGACGUCUCGAAAGCGACAUCUGUCCAAGCUUUGGCAGAGCACGUCAAAACCCGGUGCGGACGAUUGGACAUCCUGAUCCUCAACGCUGGCUACGCCGGCCCAGUCACCACAAAGAUAGACCAAGGAAAUCCCGAAUGUGUCCAACACGCCUUUGAAGUCAAUGCGUUGGGCACCUACUUUGCCGCACAUUAUUUUGUUCCUUUACUGAUGCAGACCGAAACCGGAGCAAAAGGAUUCAUUGCCAUCGGGUCCAUCGCAGGCUGCAUCAGACGAGGGCCCAUUGCGAACACGGGUUACACAGUCAGCAAGUUUGCCCAGAUCCGCCUGGUCGAGUAUCUCCAUGAACAGUAUUCCGGGGAAGGGUUGGUCAGCCUUGCCCUUCAUCCGGGAGCAGUGAUGACGAGGAUGGCACGCGGGAACACGCCGGACGAGUUUCUGCCCUACAUGACCGACGACGUUGAUCUCUCUGGAGCAGUCUGUGUGUUUCUCAGUAAACAAAUCAGGCAUCUCGGCUGGCUGAGCGGAAGACUGAUCUCUGCCACUUGGGACAUGGAGGAAUUGAUAGCAAAAAAAGACCAGAUAGAGGAGAGAGAUUUGCUCAAGUUUGCCCUGUUGACGGAGUAG